AGCCCGGGGGAGGCUGGAGGGAAGCCAGUUCAGAGUCCUGUAUGAGAGGGAAAUGGGGGUCUUGUGCAGCAGCAGCGGUAGGUGAGGCAGAGAGCCUAGCUUCAUGCCCUCCUUGUGCGCACGCAAAAAAGCAGCUAGCCACAAGCUGCUCUUCUCUCCCUGCUCCCAUCUCCUGGACUGCUUCAUUGCCUCUCUUCCUUGGGUCUCUUCACCUGACACAAGCAGCAGUGUCAUGAGAGAGGACAGCCCGGGAUUUCUCUGUGGGAAACAAGAGUUGUGCUCGGCCGCAACAGAUACAGAAGGCAGCAGCAGCAUCCCAUAGGAGCUCAUGUGUGGGGAACAAGGGCUACGCUGGUUUGAAAGAGAAGCAUCACUCUUGGGUUGUGUGUGAAGUCUGACAAGAAAAAAAAACAACUGUUCAAGUCAUGCCUCAUUUCUUGGAUUGGUUCGUGCCAGUGUAUCUAAUGAUCUCCAUUCUCAUCUUGGUGGGCUUUGGAGCUUGCAUAUACUACUUUGAGCCUGGGCUGCAGGAGGCCCACAAGUGGAGGACACAGAGGCCAAUCAUGGAACGAGACCUUCGGAAAACCCUGAUGAUUCGAGAUAACCUCGCCUUUGGAGUGCCUGAGGUGUAGUAAUCUGCUCACAAGGGCACGUGGAGUGUUUUGAGAAACUAAGUCAAGCAAACCCUUUUUUGUGCAGCCAGUAGCUAACAAGUCCUGGGCUGGAUGUAUGUUUCAAUUCACUUAGAAGGAUCUUCUGAUGUACGGUGACUGGAGUGGGGUGGUGAACUCUCACAUCAUUCUUUGCUGACCUGGAUCUGUCACCUUUUUCCUCUUCUGCAUUUCUAAAGCAAAGUGUGUGCACUACUGCUAACUCAGUUUUUACAGGGUCAACCCUAAAUGACAUGUGCAUGGUCCAUUAGUCAGCAAAGGAUCUCUUGCACCUUCCUUUGACUCAAAUUUGUGGCUCCAGGAAUGACAAAAACUGUACUAUUCUUUAUUCAGUUGAGGAUCCUCUGCACCUAUUCAUAACCUGUAAAAUGAAAAGUCUCUGCAGGGGGACCCAGGGGUGACAGAUCAGCUUGAGACAGGACAUGGAACCUUUUACUCCUAAAUCACUGGAUUAAAUCUAGCUCUGUUUGGCUGAGUCUGAAAGUUAUUCCCAUCUGAUGCCUCUGGUGAUUUUACAUGAAUUGAACUUGGUGGGUCUCAGCCCACUUUCUCAUGUAGAGAAGUGCAUUUCAGAGAAAUCACCACUGGCACUAAACUGGCAACUUGGCUGACUGUCUUGGUAGCUAGGCCAAGGGCUGACUGAGCCCUGGAGACUGAACCCCCUUCUCACUGCUAGCAGCAAUCACAGGAGGUCAGGAUUGAGACAGGGUGAGGGAAGGUCAUAUGACUGAUGAGUAUGUGGUAUCUGUUUGUGGGACAGAGAGCUUCAGUCUCCAGGGCUGUAAGUCUGGUAUUUUCAUGAGUGCUAAACUCAUCUAAAAAUUUCAGCUAAACCAAUCUGUAUGGAUCCAUUGUCUAGCAGGGAAUCCCUUGCAUCUCUCCAUGACCUGCGACAUUGGGAUUUAUCACAAAAGGUUGAGUGGAUCCCUUAGCAGUCAUUGAAUCGUCUGCACCUGCUGAGGAUGCAGGAGUCCAGGAUUCUAUGUUCCGAGUGCUCCUGCGGCCCUUGAUAGCUAGAGUGUCUUCUGAAGUGAAUUGCUCGGUGCACUGGGUCUGGUGCCACCUCCCCAUGACUGCAGUCAGUGCUGGAAGCUGUGAAAUAUCUUCACAGCCUUUCCCCCAGUGCAUCUCCAGUAAGGGACACUUAGCUGGACAGGUGGAAAAGGGACUGUUCCAAUGACUAAGCUUUCCGAACCCCACCUGUAUUCUGUAUACAGCAAACCAUGUUUAUAGUCUCUGUACUUGCACUUGCCUCUGCUUCUCCCUCGGGUUGAUGUGUUGCCAAAGUACUAUAAGAAAAUGUGGAGAAGUGGGGCACCCAACACUUUUCCCCUUGUUGCUAGCUGCAUGCAAAUCAUAACAGAUAACAUUGUUGAAUUCAGAGCCCUUAAUGUGGGCUCUGUUAGGGCACUGCUCAAUAUUACACAGAGUUUUCUAUCCCUGCUGAGCCACUGUGGCUAUUAUUACUUCUUACGUACUAUGCUAACAUGCAGCUGCUUCCUCUGUUGCACUCACUCCACAUUAUAUAAAGUAACAAAACACCAUGGCUGACCCAUCAGAAUGCGUGCGCUCUGUGCAGCACCACUCCCCUACACAAGCACUGCCAGUGUAUUGUAUGUCAGUGCAGCUCAGCCACUGCCAUCCUUUGCUACACACACCUGUAAAGGGAUAACAUGCCACUGGUCCCCUAGCAGGCCCCUUCUGGACAUUCCAGAUUCUUGUAACACGCACAUUGCUGUACAAUUCAGACGCUUGGCGCCCACCGCACACUGCCAUUUUGUACAUACUUCAAUACAUUCCAUACUAUCAGACUACCCUUGUGGUGGUAGUUCAGUGCCAUACUCCCUGACGGCUCCACUGGGCAGCUGAAGGCAACAGAUUCAGGCUGGGGAAACAGGUUUCAUCCCUCAUUUUGGCUCUGCAGCCAGCUCCCAGUGUGUAUAGUCUCUAGGAUAUAGUGUUCUCUAAUCCUUCAUACAGUAACUGAGGGGACAAAAAACUAUGUUGAUUUAAGUGGGUGACAGGCCAUUGAUGGGUGUCUGGAGAUAACGUUGAUAGAUGUCUGAGGAUAGCAUUAAUAUUAGCAGUAAUAGCUUUGGUAGUCCUCACUGCCUUGUGGGUACUCCUUGGUUGGAGAAAGGCUAAGGGACAUCACCUUGGCAGGAACACACCCUCACUAAUGCAGUAGGCAAUCAGCGGCAGUUCUUAUCUGUUGCUCUUUGGCAGAAUCUACAACCAUCAAGGCACUGAACAUUUGGACUCAGUCUAGUCUUUGGAUUCUGUCUCAAUGGUUUAAAGGGGGGAUGGUAGGUCUUGGGCCGCCUUCACUCCUCCACUCUUGCCUGGGCGUACACGUCGAAGGACUUGGUGUGAUGGUUGCAGGACUCCGUACAAGCAGAUUCAUCAGGCACCUGAAUAGACCUCUUAUGCAUACCCUUGAUCCAGAGGAUCAACAGUUGCCUACUAAGGGCUUUGGUGUAUGAGGGAACUGUUUUGAACAUGCAGCUAAUGUCUUUAGCCUCUAUUGACCAUUUGCAUUUGCCUGCACCACAGUAAAUGUCAUCAUCAUGCACACCCAAAUCAGUAGGACCCACUUGGGUCCAUCUUCAUCUCAUGCAUGGGAUGAAUUGAGGGUCCUUAUAAUGAACCAAAAACAUAGUUAUAUGUUGCAUGGGUGUCUUUGUCACAAACUGGGCCCUGAUUCAGCAAAACACUGAAGAACAAGGGACUAUUCACAUGCUGCAAAUUAGCCCCAUUUUUAAGUACCUUGCUGCUUCAGGGCUCAAAGUAAAGGUCUAGGUUCAAGCUUGUGAGUAUUCCCAUGUACUUUUGCUCCCUGGCUGGAUUGUAGCUGCGAGGCUGCAGCUGUUACAAAGAAGCAUCACAUAGCAUUGUGUGACUGUUUUGUUUCUUAAGACAAAUGCAGCCCUCUAUCACAUUGGCCAUAGUUGUUGCCCAUGAGUCACUCACUAAAAUAGCCAUAGUCUCUGAGUGUCAGCUUGGAGACUUGUUUCCUGGGCCUUGACUGUUGUAACUGAUGGGUGGGCCAGCAAUGCAAAUAGACCCCAGGUUGAGCACCGGGAUAGCAAUAAAAGCUUUGUACUUGAGGACUGGAGCUCAGAGAUGUCAGGGACAAAUUAAAAUUUCUCUAUAAAAUCAAGGUUCCAUGUUCUGGAAAGACCCAGAUAAGAACAAAAUCUCUCUUAUAUGCAUAUGCACAUGCACAUACACAGGCAUACCUUUCUGAUGUUCCCAGUUCCUUUCUCAAAGCAUCUCCAUUGCUCUGUGAAUUCUGGUUACCCCACAGGUCCUGCCUGUCCUUCCAAAAUGGCUGGGUGUGGGUCCAGCCACCUAUGUACAUGUUGUCAGUUGUCUGACCUACCAUAGAAAUCAGACCCUCAUCUUUCCUACUGGAGGUAAUCCCUCCAGGCCAGGUAGAAUGUCCCCAGCAGGACGUGAUGGGACAGUGUCAAAGAGAAGCUGGGCAAUACCGUACCUGUCCUAAGGAAAGAAUGAGGAUAAUAGUCUGGGGGCCUGUCAUCAGUAUGAGCUCUGCUGUUGCUCUCAUGUCUCCCCAGCACAAAAUCUAUUUUCAUAAGCUGAGCCAAAAGGAGAAAUAAUGAAAUGAGUGACUGCGAUUUGUGCCAAGUCUCUGUGGGAUGUGACAGGCAGAACAAAUGUCUGUCACUGCCCCCACAGCAUGUGGGGAAGCCCUACAUGCAUGCCCAGACUGGCUUGCAGAAGAAUCCUCCCAAGCCCUACUCUCUAGGAAACUUUGCAAGUUGCAAGGUCAUAAUGGGGUAGAGACUUGGCUGAAUGAUCUGUCCCCUCUGUCUCUGGACUUUUUUCCUGUUCUGUGGUGUUGUGUGUGUUCCUUCACAAGUGUGUAACUCCUUCCCUGGGCCCAGGAUUCACUGAAUGAAAUUGAAUUGAAAGAAAAUUCACUGAAUGGGACUGAACAGAAAACAUGUCCUAACAGUAGACUGUAUCUGACUUUGGAAUGAUCUCACAAAAGAAAUGGUGGGACAUGUAAAGCUAGACCAGGCUGGGCAUUGGAGGACAGUGCCAUACAGGAGAAUCCUACAUGGGCAGGGGGAUGUGACCUAGCAACUGUCUCUUGUCUCAAAUGUCUGUGAUAUUUGUAUGCGUUUGGUACCCCAUCUUUACCCCCAGAGCCAAGGUGGGAACAUACACAAGCUCUACAGCUUUGUUUGACGUUUUGCAAACUAUUUUUCCAUCAACUUAUGUUUUGCACUGUCCAGUCUUGUUGGAAUCUCUGUUAACAGCCAGGUGUUUUCCACUGUGACUUAAUACUUUAUUGUCAAUAGAGUCAAAAUCCUACUGUAUAGAAAUAAAAUGUGGAUAGCAAGCUGA